UGCUGGGGUCCUGAAGUAGAACAAACUGUUAUAGCCACCAGGCAAGGGAGGCUGAAGAGAAAUUAAUUCUCUUUCUCUCUCUCUCUCUCUCUCUCUCUCUCUCUCUCUCCCACACACACACACACACACACACACACACACACACACCUCUAAGUGUCUCAGAUUUUUUUUUCCUCAGAGGCUGCAGUCCCUCCCAGGGAGGGGACUGGCCAGCAGAUCUUCCAAGGAAACAGUUCUGUCAGGUCCUCUGAGUGUGCACAGGCUCAGCCAGAGAGAGGGAAAGGCAGAGGGAGAGGGGGAGAGGGGAUCUGUUGCAGGCAGGGGAAGGCGUGACCUGAAUGGAGAAUGCCAGCCAAUUCCAGAGACACACAGGGACCUCAGAACAAAGAUAAGGCAUCGCUGACACCACACCGGGGACUGGACGAGCUCACAGACAAGUCCGGCAGGAGGGACCAAGGCCAGGAGCACACAAGGCAGGAAAAUGAGGCGGCUCCUUCUCUACCAUGCUCUGUGCCUCGCCCUGUCGGAGAUUUCAGCCCAUACUGUGGAACUAAAUGAAAUGUUCGGCCAGAUCCAGUCACCUGGCUAUCCGGAUUCCUAUCCAAGUGACUCUGAGGUGACUUGGAAUAUCACUGUCCCGGAGGGGUUUCGGAUCAAGCUGUACUUCAUGCACUUCAACCUGGAAUCCUCCUAUCUUUGUGAAUAUGACUACGUGAAGGUAGAAACUGAAGACCAGGUGCUGGCAACCUUCUGUGGCAGGGAGACCACCGACACCGAGGAGACGCCCGGCCAGGAAGUGGUUCUUUCCCCUGGCUCCUUCAUGUCGGUCACCUUCCGGUCAGAUUUCUCCAAUGAGGAACGAUUCACAGGCUUUGAUGCCCACUACAUGGCUGUAGAUGUGGAUGAGUGCAAGGAGAGGGAAGACGAAGAGCUGUCCUGUGACCACCACUGCCACAACUACAUCGGCGGCUACUACUGCUCCUGCCGCUUUGGCUACAUCCUCCACACCGACAACAGGACCUGCCGAGUGGAGUGCAGUGGCAAUCUCUUUACCCAGAGGACAGGCACAAUCACCAGCCCCGAUUACCCCAACCCUUACCCCAAGAGCUCUGAAUGCUCCUACACCAUCGACCUGGAGGAUGGCUUCAUGGUCAGCCUGCAGUUUGAGGACAUUUUUGACAUUGAGGACCAUCCUGAGGUGACCUGUCCUUAUGACUACAUUAAGAUUAAAGCUGGUCCAAAAGUAUGGGGCCCCUUCUGUGGAGAGAAAUCCCCAGAACCAAUCAGCACCCAGAGUCACAGUGUCCAGAUCCUAUUUCGCAGCGACAACUCAGGAGAGAACCGAGGCUGGAGGCUCUCCUACAGGGCGGAAGGAAAUGAGUGCCCAAAGCUACAACCUCCUGCAUACGGGAAAGUAGAGCCCUUGCAAGCCCUGUAUUCCUUCAAAGACCAAGUGCUCAUCAGCUGUGACACGGGCUACAAAGUGCUAAAGGAUAACGAGGUAAUGGACACGUUCCAAAUUGAGUGUCUGAAAGACGGCACAUGGAGUAACAAGAUUCCCACCUGUAAAAUUGUAGACUGUGGAGUCCCAGCAGGGCUGAAGCAUGGGCUGGUGACGUUCUCCACAAGAAACAACCUGACAACGUACAAAUCUGAGAUAACGUACUCCUGCCAGCAGCCCUACUACAAGAUGCUCCACAACACCACAGGUGUGUAUACGUGUUCUGCGCAUGGGGCCUGGACAAAUGAAGUGCUCAAGAGAAGCCUGCCCACCUGCCUCCCAGUGUGUGGCCUCCCCAAGUUCUCCCGGAAGCAGAUCUCCAGGAUCUUCCAUGGACGCCCAGCCCAGAAGGGUACCACUCCAUGGAUUGCCAUGCUGUCACACCUGAAUGGGCAGCCCUUCUGUGGGGGUAGCCUUUUAGAUUCCGACUGGGUUUUGACGGCUGCUCACUGCCUCCACUAUCCACUUGAUCCGGAAGAUCCAACCCUACACAGCUCAUACUUGCUCAACCCUUCUGACUUCAACAUUAUCCUGGGGAAGCACUGGAGACGCCGCUCAGAUGACGAUGAACAGUAUCUGCCCGUAAAGCGCAUCAUCCUGCACCCGAGGUACGACCCCAGCACUUUUGAGAACGACCUGGGCCUGGUGGAGCUGUCAGAGAGCCCAAGGCUGAACAACUUUGUGAUGCCCGUCUGUCUGCCUGAGCAGCCCUCCACUGAAGGAACCAUGGUCAUCGUCAGCGGCUGGGGGAAGCAGUUCUUACAGAGGUUUCCAGAGAACCUGAUGGAGAUUGAAAUCCCGAUUGUGAACUACAACACCUGCCAGGAGGCCUAUGCCCCAUCUGGGAAGAAAGUGACUGAGAACAUGAUCUGUGCUGGAGAAAAGGAAGGGGGCAAAGAUGCCUGUGCUGGUGAUUCCGGAGGUCCUAUGGUGACCAGAGAUGAAGAUACCAACCAGUGGUACCUGGUGGGCGUGGUGUCCUGGGGCGAGGAUUGCGGGAAGAAAGAUCGCUAUGGAGUGUAUUCUUACGUCUAUCCCAACAAGGACUGGAUCCAGAAGGUCACUGGGGUGAGGAACUGAGUCCGGAUCCCCAGCACAGCACCCGCUGUAUGGUCAGACGCAAGCAGAAGACGAUGCGAGCAACCAUUCCCCCCCUAGCCCUCAAUCUUCACCGCCCAUUCCCGGGUGCUAAUGGGAAUUGUUCUGCCCCCUUUCCCUGGCUCUUUAGAGAAGCGGAAUAGCAAAGGGGUCAGAGCAAAAGGCACAGGGUUCGGGAUCCAUCCCUUGGGAUCUUUGUAAUGACCAGCACCUGACUGCUUCUUUGAACUGUUCCUUCAACCAUGAGAAGCAAGUGGCAUACCUUAUCUACCUCACAAAAGUAUGAUGAGGGGAAAGUUAAUAUAUGCAGAGUGCUUAGCCCAGCGUGUGAACUAAACGGUGUCUUCCGUAAACGUGACUUAACAAAGGGCAUCUAAGUCCAACAGGGAGGCAGAGGUCUCUUGCAAACCCCUGGUUUCGUCUCAGGGGCGAUUAGGGACACCCCCCGCCUCACCCUCAGCCAUUUCUUUAAUCUGCCCCCUGAAGUCUAAGUUUAUUCACAAAGGUUGUCCUCUCCCAAACCCCCAUAAAAAUGUAAAAGUACUCAAGUUCUUAGCCUCUGGCAUGACCCCAGUCACACAUCCAGCCGGGUCAUUAGACGCUUGAGCCAAAUACCAAAAUGCUGAGAGUGACUGAGGGAAGCAGGGACUGGGAGGGAAUGGCGGGAUGUGAAAUCAGUCGUCUACCCCCAUCUCUCACGUGACCCUGCCUGCAAGUCCUUUUUUUCUCGUUUUGAAGGACCUUGCAAGUGCUGACGUUCUAGAAUCCAAUGGAGCCUUGUUUUCUAUGAGUUAGAUUCAAAGCAACCCAUAAGGAAAAUAUUCAUUAGGUUCCAAAGACAAAAUUCUCCUGCUGCCCCUGAAAUACCCACUUAUUCAUGUUGUCUGCCACACCCAGGUCCCUAAGGGCAUAACCAAGGCCAAGUACAGCCAAAGACCUUCCCUGUGUACCAGGCCCCUUCUGGUCCUCUAAGCAUGAGUUGCACAAGGCAGGCCCUGGCAGGCUCAGCCUCAGGCACCUGCUCUCUCCCUCUCCACAUCCUAGCUGAGCUUAAACAGCCAUUUCCCUGACCCCUACCCCUUUGUCUCACCCACCAAAGAACCACCACCCCACCCCGGCUUUGAAGAAGCCUCUGGAGACCUCAUCCAAGACAGAAGACUUUCAAACAAACAGAAGUGUUAAGCCCAAGGCUGCACUCUCAGGAACAACAGGUCACAGCCUGCCUCUACCCCUCUGAGCAAGUCAUCCUACCUCUACGGCCUUUAUCAUACAAAGAGAUGGCAACUGGACCCAAUAAUCAGAUCCUUCGCAAGCAGGCUGGUACUCCCUUUUCAUUCCUAAGAAUUCUGAUGCAGUUUUGAAACUGCUUCCAGGCAGUGGGCCUCUCCAUUGCCAGCUCUUCCUGAGCGAUGGGCUGCUCCAAGUCAUGCUGGCUGAUGCUGCAGGAUGAUGCAGUGAGGAGAUUAUGGACCAAGGCAUCCAGAAGCUCCUAGCAGAUCUGUGAUACACACACACACACACACACACACACACACACACUACUGCGAUAUGGGCAUGACCCUGACAAGUCUAUUUCAUUUAUAGAGAGAAAAGAAAGCUUGUUGCAGUAUGGAGUUUGUGGGAAGGGCACACCAAAAAUCAGCCUAGGGGAAGAUGGCCUUCAGAAAGUGCACGUUUCCACCAGUGAGGCCAAGGAAAGUCUUCUAGAAGAGCAGGAGGCCAUGUCCAGGAAGGGCUUUUCUCAGAAAACACCAGUUCCUCCCAUAGUAAUGGCAUUUCUAGGAAACCAGCAUCCCAGCAUGACAAUCAACACGUACACAGGCCUCUCUUCUUAGAGUCACAACACUUAACAGCACUUUAAAUGCUUCAAAACUCUCAUGUAGAUACCAACUUCUGGCUGGGCCCCGUUUAUCCUAUUCAUCCUCCAAAUUAUAACUUCAUUCUUAUUUCUCGAGAAAAUAACUAAAUGUCCCAUGGAACUCCAACCUGGUAGUACAAGUAUCCGUUAGAUGAUAUGGUGGUUUGAAUAAGAAUGGCCCCCAUAGGCUCUUAUAUUUGAAUGUCUGGUCACCAGAGAGCGUCACCAGAGAUUUGAAAGGAUCAGGAGGCAUCACCUUGUUGGAGUGGGUGUGUCCUUGUUGGAGGAAGUGUGACACUGGGAGUGGGGUCUGAGGUUUUCAAAAGCCCAAGCCAGGCCCAGGGGCUCUCUCUUCCUGCUGCCUGAGGAUUCAGAUAUAGGACUUUUGGCUACUUCUCCGGCACCUUGUCUGCCUGCAUGCCACCAUGCUCCCUGCCAUAAUGAAAAUGGACUAAACCUCUGAAACCAUAAGCCAGCCCCCAUUUAAAUGUUUUCUUCAGUAAGAGCUACCAGCGAGCACGCUAAGACAGAAGUCUAGUUGCUAUUGUGGUCCAAGAAACCUGAUCACCUAGAACCACAGACAGGCAAGGGUGGUGUAGCCAUGGAGAGGGCCUUGUCUAAGUUCACAACCUCGUGCUCACAGACUCACUAUCUUCAAAUCCAGCCGGUUCCUAGACCACUCUGAAAUGUGCUGCCUGUAAAAAGGUCUGUCUUCCAGGCAACCGAAAUCUACCUCCCAAGAAAUUGAUUUGUAUAACGAAAGCUAUGAUUUCAUACUGCUGAACAGUAAUCAUGCCUGGGAUUCAUUAGCCAAAGAAGCUGUUGUUCUUAUGGGAAAAACUACACACUCGUUCCAAUAAACAUCUGCGUUGAGUCAAA